AUGGAGGACGGAGACAGCGUGAGUUCCACCGAGGCGCCAGCCGCGGAAGAGGCCAUGCCGCGGAAGAAGCUUACUUUGCAGGAGCGGCUGGCGCUGGCAGCAUCCAAGAACAGCCGCAAGGACGAUGGCAAGGACGGCAGAGAGAGCAAGGAGGUCACGGGUCCUAAGGACUCCAAAGACGCUGGGUUGGGAGCCGAGACGGCCAAAGAUGAGUUCUCGCUGCCUGCAGACUACAAGACUCUGGAGCACGACGCGCUGCUUGCGCUCCUUGAGCAUUCGGCCCAGGUGGUAGGAGAUCUCAAACGGACAAAUCAGCAGUUGGCACGCAAGGUGGACGAUCUACGUCGUGAGAGGGCUCCUAAGCGCUCAAUCACGCCGGUUGGCAGCGACGAGGCGCUCAGGCGCAAGCUGGAGGAGAAAGAGCGCCAGAUCAAGGAACUGCUGGAGGAAGGGUCCAAAUUGUCGAUGAAAGAGGUGAACCUGACGCAGACCAUCAAGAAGAUGAAACAGAAAGAGCUGGAUCUGGAGGAGGACCUGGCGCGUUCCGAAAGGGAUGUAGGCAGUUUGCAGGCGCGCGUGGCAGAGCUGGAGGCCGAGGUGAGCGGGUUCAAGCACAACGAGCGGAGCGCCAAGGAGGACCGUCUAGGGUACGAGAGCUUGCAGAAAAAAUUCGAAAAGAUGCAGCAGGAAAGGGACGCCGCUGUGGACGAGCUGAAGGAGCUGAAAAUGCGUAGACUGGACGUCCAGGUGGCGACUCUGCAGAAACAGCUCGAGACAGAGCUAAAGAAUGGAGCACGGCUCCAGGAAAGGCUCGACAAGACCACAGAGGAGUUCAGCCUGUACAAGGAGGACGCACGUAACCAGAUAUCGCAGCUGACGUACAAGUUGGAACGAGAGCGCGCGCGAUACAACGAGCUGAGCGAGGAAAAUGCUGCCGAAAUCAAGCGGCUGGAAAAUAAGAUGGAGGCGUUCCGGCUGCUCAGCGAGUCUGUGGACAGGACUGUGGACACGGCAGGUGUGUCAGACGCGUCGUCUGUUUCUAUCGACCUGGUACAGGCACAGUACACACAGGCACAGGAGAACUGGAAGCUGAUUGAGAGCUCGUACUUGAAGAAGAUCUCGGCGCUGGAGAACGACGUCGAGGUGCUCAAACAGAAGGAUUUUGCUAACUCACGGAAGAUCAAGACGAUGCAAAGCGACCUCAGGUCCAGAGCAGCAGAGAUCAGCGAGCUGCUUGAAAACGAGUCUGCAGUAAGAGCCGAGCUGGAGGCUACCAAGAACCAGCUCGAGAUCACCGAAAACGACCUCGAGACGGCCAGACAGGGUCAGGAUGCGCUCCGAAAGGACUACGAAGUGGAAAAAGCCAGCCUCGAAAAGAAAAUCCAGACCCUUGAGGAAGAGAAGACCCGUCUUGCCAAUAUUAAUAAGCUCCGCAUAGACACCCAGGCAUCUAUCCAGCAGGCGAGCCAGCCACAGACAGGCUUCUAUCUCAACGAGUUCAACUCCUCGUCGAGCCUCAACUACUACCGCACACAGCGCUCCGUUUCGCUUGCUUCUGCCGACAACAUAGCAUUGGGCGAGUCGUCUACGACUCCUCGACCAGGAGCGUUUGCAGGUGUUUCAAGCCGCGGCCAGUCACAGUCUUCGCUCUUUGGCCCCACUCUGAACCACUCGCAGAGCAGCACAAUGCUGGACACGAUUGACGACCCACUGGCCGCAGAGGAAGACAUGUUUCCUGGCUCGUCUCCGAAUUCUGGCUACCGGGGCCAAGGCGAGCCGGGACUCAGCCACACGACGUCGACGGAGGAUCUGGAAACUCCGCACUCGUCCACGAUCGGCGGCAUGGGCAGCUCGAACGUGAAAGGCGGCUCAAACAUCCAGCUGAUGGGUAAACUGUCGUCGCGGAUCCGCCGUCUUGAGCUCGAAAUUCAGGGACUCAAAGACGAGAUUGCCGAGCUCAACGCGCAGAAACAGGAGGCGGCAAACGAAAUAGUUCAGCUGGUGCGCGAGAACGAGCAGACCAAGGAGUAUAAGGAAAAGCUGGCUUUCUUGGAGGAAGAGCACGCUGCUCUUACUUCCAACUACGAGGCUACAUUACAGCUUCUGGGCCAAAAAUCCGAGCAGUGCAAUGAGCUGCAGGCAGACGUGGAUGACCUAAAGGACUUGAUGAGGUCCCAGGUCCAGGAACUGGUGAGUUUACAGGAAAAGCUCGCUGCCAGUAAUUAA